AAGCUUCACAUUUAAAUUCCGGUUUGCGUCAAAAAAUUAUAAACACAGUUGGCGGUAAAGAUGGAGCGUGUAGAGAGUGAACCCUUACCCAGCGAUGAAACAAAUCAGGAAUACAGAGUCCAAGUAACGUCGAAGAAAGAAUUAAUCAUGCAAAUAAAUAAAUACAAAGAUAUUUUGAAGACAGCUCUCGACGGACAGCCGGAAGUUGCAGAGGAGACGAAGCAAGUUUUACUGCAGGAGCUGCUGGCGAACUUUGAGGCGGCUGUUCAGGACAACGUGUUGGUGAACGGACAGUCUUGGGAGGCGGCUCCUGACGUUGAAGAGGAUGAGGCUGUUGAUCUGGAAAGCCAGCUGGAUGACACCAUUGUUGGUACCACCAGGAGGCGUAGUACUUACCCAAGAAAGAUCCUGCCUCACGUGGUUCAGUCCCUCAAAGCUGAACGUAAACUCAUGGGGCUGUACGAGCUUGCAGUCAAACCUCAAGAGGUGGUUAAAGAUCCCGAUCAAGAGAGCAUCAUGAACGAUUUGUCAGCAGCAGCUCCUGGGAUGGUGAAACAGGCCAUCCAGGUCAUAAAGUCAAUCAACACUCUGCAGAAACAAGCUGAAGGCCUCUGUGAGGUCCUCAACAUGAAGCCGAGUCACGCCACUCUGGAGAUCCACAGAGAAGUGUUUGGUGUUAACGGCCAAUCAGACGCUCCCUUGCCUCCUGUGACUGGAGCUACGAGGAGCAGGCAGCCGAUCAAGAGAGCCGUAGAGGAAGCAGCAGCCACAGACUGCUAUGUGUCGCCUAAGAAGAAACCUGUUGGAGAGGACACGCCAGAAUGAGCCCUCCUCCAGCCAAUACCACCAGAAUAAUUAAGAUGGUGUGAUAUUAUGGACUAAUGUGUUUUUUUUUCUGCACAGUUUUGUUUCUCAGCUCUUUAAAAGAAUAUAACCCAGUGGUUGCAUA